AUGGGCACGACCAGCACUUCCAAGGCGCGCCGCGGCUUCAAGCAGAAGGCCAAGGGAGCAGAAGCUCGUGUCGCGGCGGGUCUCCCCCCACUUCACUUCGCCGCACCUUCCCUGGUGACCGACAACAGCCCGGCAGCGUCGACGUCGUCCUCCAUUACCUUCCCUCCACCAACCCAGCGCUCGGAUGUGAUUGAGGAGCGUAAGCAGGAACUCUACCUCUUGAGGCUCGAGACCGAAAUCGAGGUCCAGAGGGAGAAGAAGUACCUCGCUUGGAUGAGGGCCGAUGAAGUGGCGGCCCAGUGGCAAGAGGCUACUCGCAGGCGGAAGGAGGAGCAGGCGGCUCUGGAGGCCCCUGUUAAACGCUACAAGACAUCAGUGAACGCGGAGAACAAGGACGCCCCCGACAACGACGAGCCCAGCGCGCAGACAGCCGUUGGCCUGGCGGCGAGCGAGGACGGUGGCCAGCGCAAGGUGUACAGGGCCGCUCAGAAGGCGGGCAUGAUUAGCCCCGACUCCGCCCCGGUGCCAGACGAGCACGCGCAGGCGAAGGACGAGGAAGUCACGGUGGCGAGCAACCAGCAGAACGCCACCACGACCAAGGAGGACAUGGACGAGGCCUGA